AUGGCGGGCGCGAUGGCGGCGGGGUCGGGGGCGGUGCCGGCGCUGUUCACGCGGGACGCUGGCACGCUGGCGCUGGUGUCUGGCGGGGUGUGGCUGUUUGUGGUGCUGACUCAGCCGAUCAACUCGAUGGCGUUUGUGUGGGAUGGCGUCUUGUUCGGUGCCGGAGGGUUUGAGUACGCGUGCUACCAGAUGGCGGCCUCCUGCAUUCCCGCGGUGGCCGUAAUGCUGCUGCUCGCCGGCACCGGCGCCCCACCGCCCGCCGCCGCGCUCGCGGGCGUUUGGGCCGGGCUGUCCACGGUGAUGCUGCUGCGGUGGCUGCUGAUCUGGCUGCCGUACCAGGCAGGGGCGGGGCCGUUUGCGCAGAUGUUCCCCGCAAAGGCGGCACGGGGCGGCCGCUGA